AUGAGUGAAUUCAAAAUCAAGGCUGGAUUAGCCCAAAUGUUAAAAGGAGGAGUUAUUAUGGAUGUUGUCAAUGCAGAACAAGCUAAAAUUGCUGAAAGAGCAGGAGCUUGUGCUGUUAUGGCAUUAGAAAGAAUCCCUGCUGAUAUGAGAGCCAGUGGACAAGUAUGUAGAAUGUCAGAUCCUCAAAUGAUAAAGGAAAUUAUGGCAGCCGUAUCAAUUCCAGUUAUGGCUAAAUGUAGAAUUGGACAUUUUGUUGAAGCUGAAGUUUUAGAAGCUUUAGGAGUUGAUUAUAUUGAUGAAUCUGAAGUUUUAACACCUGCUGAUAAAAAAUAUCAUAUCGUUAAAAAUGAUUUCAAAGUACCAUUUGUAUGUGGAGCUAAAGAUUUAGGUGAAGCUUUAAGAAGAAUUAAUGAAGGAGCAGCCAUGUUAAGAACUAAAGGUGAAGCUGGUACUGGAGAUAUUUCUGAAGCUGUUAAACAUUUAAGACAAAUCAAAGAAGAAAUUGAUUAUGUUAUGUCAUUAAAAACUGAUAAAGAAAUUGAAGAAUUUGCUAAAGAAAAAAGAAUUCCCCUUGAUACUUUAAAGGAAUUAAUUGCUAAUGGAGGUAAAUUCCCAGUUGUUAAUUUUGCUGCUGGAGGGGUUGCUACACCAUCAGAUGCAGCAUUAUGUGUCAAAUUAGGAGCUGAAGGAGUUUUUGUUGGUAGUGGAAUUUUCAAAUCUAAAAAUCCUGAAAAAUUAGCUAAAGCUAUUGUUGAUUCAGUUACUAAUUAUAAUGAUUCCAAAAAGAUUAUGGAAUAUUCAACUGAUUUGGGAGAAUUAAUGGCAGGUGUUAGUAUUUCAUCCAUUAAAGACAAUGAAAAAUUAUCCAGUAGAGGAUGGUAA